AGCUCCUCCCACAAGGAGCUGGAUCUUACUAAGGCGACCCCUCGAGUCAGAGGCAGAAGCUCUCCUGGUGGGAUUUCGGUCACAUUCAGAGUUGGAGGAGCAGCUGGGAAAUGUGGGAAGCCUCUCUCUCUGUCUGCUUUUCCAGAAAUGCCACCAUCUCCAAGCAGGAUGUUAAUCAGUAACAGCCCCACCGGGGAGCAUACUUUGGAACAGCAAAUAUUUACUGCAGGCUUUCGGCUGCAAACCCCAACCUUCUGUCUUUGCUCUGAAUGAAGGAACUUCCCAGGCACCAGGGGGCCACUCACUGGAAGUCUUGCUGCUGAACAGACGCGCCCCUGUGGCCUCCACGGCUGACCAAAUGAAGCUGGCACUGAGCCUCCUGCUCCCCUGCCUCCUGGCCGAGGCGUGGCUGGUGCUCAGUUCAGCCCCUGGACGCCAGUCGCCAGAGGCCCAGGCAGGGCUGGAGACUCUGCAGACCCCCACUGCCCAGAACCACACCAGAGAGGGAGUGCGGGCUUCAGAGGAGGAGGAGGUGGUGGAGGCGGAAGUGGUGGAGGUGGAGGAGGAGAAGGUGCAAGAGGAGGAGGAGGGGGAGCCCCGGCUGAGGGCCAGCGGGCAGAAGCUCUCCGAGGAGAUCUCCAACCUCGGGUUCAGCCUGCUGCGCAAGAUCUCCAUGAGGCACGACGGCAAUGUGGUCUUCUCCCCGCUUGGCCUGUCCUCGGCCAUGGCAGCCUUGAUGCUGGGGCCCAAGGGGCAGACCAAGGCCCAGCUGGAGAGUGCGCUCCACCUGCGGGCGCUGAACCAGACCAGGCCCCCGCACCUGCCUGCCCUGUUUAAGCAGCUCAGAGCGAGCCUCUCCCGCAACCCCGAGCUCGGCCUCGCCCAGGGGAGCUUUGCUUUCAUCCACAAGGAUUUUGACGUCAAAGAGACCUUCCUCAAUUUUUCCAGGCAGUAUUUCGACAUAGAGUGUGUGACUCUGAAUUUUCGCAACGUCUCACAGGCCAGGGGGCUCAUGAAUCGUUACAUUAACAAAGAGACUUGGGGGAAAAUCCCCCAACUCUUUGUUGAGAUCAAUCCUGACACCAAAUUAAUUCUUGUGGAUUACGUCUCGCUCAAAGGGAAGUGGCUGGCCCCCUUUGACCCUGUCCUCACGGAGACAGACACUUUCCACCUGGACAAGUACAAGGCGGUUAAGGUGGCCAUGAUGUACAAGGUGGGCAUGUUUGCCUCCACCUUUGACAGGAAUUUCCGCUGCCAUGUCCUCAAACUGCCCUACCGAGGAAACGCCUCCAUGCUGGUGGUCCUCACGGAGAAAAUAGGUGACCACCUCGCCCUGGAAGACUACCUGAGCACAGAGCUGGUGGACACGUGGCUCAGAAACAUGAAAACCAGAAAAACGGAAGUUUUCUUUCCAAAGUUCAAGUUAGAUCAGAAAUACGAGAUGCACGAGCUGCUUAAGCAGAUGGGGAUCAGAAGGGUCUUCUCACCCGGGGCUGACCUGAGCGAGCUCUCGGCGGUUGCAAGCAAUCUCCAAGUGUCCAAGGUUUUACAAAGAGCAAUAAUUGAGGUUGAUGAAAAAGGCACUGAGGCUGCGGCAGGAACCCUGACAGAAAUCACUGCUUAUUCCAUGCCUCCCAUCAUCAAAGUGGACCGGCCAUUUCAUUUCAUCAUCUAUGAAGAAACCUCUGGAACGCUUUUAUUUCUGGGCAGGGUAGUGAACCCAACUCUCCUAUGA